UCCGGCGUCAUGCCAGAUCCUUACUACCGUCCGAGCGCCCCUCCGCCACCGCCUCCGCAAUGGCCGCCACAGGGUACUUUCCACGUCCAAACUCCUCGGCCGAAGAGUCCCUGGUCCACCGGCCUCUGCGACUGCUACGACGAUCCCCAAAACUGCAUCACGACCUGCUUCUGCCCCUGCGUCACGUUCGGCCAAGUCGCCGAGAUCGUCGAUAAAGGAUCCUGUUCGUGCGGGGCGAAUGGGGCGCUGUACGCGCUGAUAAUGUUCGCGACGGGCGGAUGCGCCUGCGUGUACUCGUGCUGCUACCGCAGCAAGUUGCGGGCGCAGUACGGGCUGCGCGAGGAGCCCUGCCCAGACUGCCUCAUCCACUGCUGCUGCUGCGAGUGCUGCUCUCUCGCCCAAAUGUACCGCGAGCUCAACCGCCGUGGCUUCGACAUGAGCAUAGGUGCGUACGUACGAACAAUUAAUCGCUGCUACUGUAGUUGUAAUUGUUUGUUGAUCGAUUGGGAGAUGCGAUGAGAUUAACUAGUUUGGGAAUUAAUUAAUUGGUUGAUGAGUUUGAUUUGUGAAUUUAAGGUUGGCACGGGAACAUGGAAAGGCAGGGACAAGUGGCAACGAUAUUGCCGCCGCCGCCUCAAGCCAUGGCCCGCUGAAGGCUGAUAGACAUUAGACGACUUGGUGUACUGCUGCUUCUUCUUCCAUGUGCCGAUUAAUUGGUGUUUACUUUGUUCCUUCAUUACUGCGACUCUG